ACUUCACUCAGAACAGACUAACAAAUCAUAACCGUAUGUAUUUUACCAUCAUAAACGGGUUUGCACUCUACCAUACAUUGGUGCAAGUGUUGAAGAUUAAAGUUUUGUCGGUCUUUUUAUUCUAAUAUAUCCAAAGCGACAGUUACUUUUGAUUGGUUACCUUAUAGGAUUUCGCAAUUAUAGAGAGAGGUAUUUUAUUCAAGGAAACGAUUGGACAAAGAACUAUCUUCUCCGGCCACAAUCGAGAGCAUCCAGCGGCAAAAUCGAGACAGCGAGAAAAAGAUCAGAUAAACAACCAAGAACAUCUAGGAGCCUUACCCAAUUUUCAAAAUUUUCUCCAACUUUACCCCCCAGUCCAACAUUAGCAUGAUGUCGUAUCUCAAGCAACCACCUUACACAGUCAAUGGACUGAGCUUAACGACCUCAGGAAUGGACCUUCUGCAUCCAUCCGUAGGCUAUCCAGCUACACCCCGCAAGCAGAGACGAGAAAGGACGACUUUCACACGCGCCCAACUUGACAUUUUGGAGGCACUGUUCGGCAAAACUCGCUACCCUGAUAUAUUCAUGCGCGAGGAAGUAGCACUAAAAAUCAACCUACCGGAGUCUCGUGUACAGGUUUGGUUUAAGAACCGAAGGGCAAAGUGCCGCCAGCAGCAACAGCAGCAGCAGAACGGGGGCCAGAACAAGGUACGACCAGCCAAAAAGAAGAGUUCUCCAGCCAGGGAAGCGAGUUCUGAGAGCGGGGCGAGUGGCCAGUUCACACCGCCCUCAAGUACUUCAGUCCCGACCAUCUCAACCAGCACCGCGCCAGUAUCUAUCUGGAGUCCAGCCUCUAUCUCUCCGCUGGCUGACCCUCUCUCUACCUCCUCUUCCUGCAUGCAAAGAUCAUACCCAAUGACCUACACACAGGCCUCGGGAUACAGCCAAGGCUAUGCCGGAUCAACGUCAUACUUCGGCGGAAUGGACUGUGGUUCUUACCUUACUCCCAUGCAUCACCAGUUGUCUGGCCCCGGGACGACACUCAGUCCUAUGAGCACCAACGCCGUCACAAGCCAUCUGAACCAGUCCCCUGCGUCCCUCUCCGCUCAGGGCUACGGAGCCUCGGGGCUAGGCUUCAACUCCACUGCAGACUGCUUGGAUUAUAAGGACCAAGCGGCAUCCUGGAAACUGAACUUCAAUGCAGAUUGCUUGGAUUAUAAAGAUCAGACUUCAUCGUGGAAAUUCCAAGUCCUGUGAAAAAAAACAAUAUGUAAACUAUUCAAACAAAGACAAUGAUGAUAAAUCAAACAUAUAGCUCUGCCAUCCUUCAAUAAGAUAUAUGCUUAAAAGACUGAAUAUUCGUGUCGUCGGUAAGGAACUGCGAGAGAGAGGGGGCUAUCGGUGCCUCGUGUUGUUGGCAUGAUGUUUGGCCCCAGCCCAUAGAGGAGAAGUUAUUCUUUAUUUUAGCGUUGGCUAAGAGACUUUAUUUUCAUUAACCUCACAGGUUGUAGCCCUCUCAUCUGUAUGUCUGUCAGUGUGUGCCUCUAUGCUUACAGCACCUGUUGGUUAAUUUAAGGAAAACUCGGAGUGGACUCUUAGUAAUUUAUGGUACAUCACAGCCACGGAACAAAUCCUUAUCCAAGAACAGAGGAGCCGAUCUUUUGGUUAAGAGCUUGGGAUGGACAGGCUUCGUUUAAGCCUUACAACUUGCCGACCUAUUGGCAGAGGGACUGAUCAGGAUGAUGUGUGGACUGCGCGCUCCCGAGGCGACAUGGAUGCACUACUUUAUUUAAGAAAAAAGUGUUUAUAAGGAAUCAAUAUGUAGUUUCUAAGAGACAAUCAGUGUGUGUCUUAUAUAAAUGGUACAUAUGUGUUUUUUUAAAAUCUGUGCUAGCCUUCGAAACUGUGAUCUGUUGUAUUGUAUGCAAUUUGUGAGCUCCCUCGCAUCAGCGAUGACUCUCUGCAGUGAUUUUAAUAGAUUUUUAACUUUUUGAACAAAAAAAAAAUUAUGGAUAAUGAUAAAAUAAUUCUUAUUGCAAGAGACAACCUGACUGUCCAAACCCAUGGUAGAACAUCUGAGGUGAUACUGGAAAAGAAAAUCGAUUGCUGAGAGCUCUCUAGACUUGCCGUGUCCCUCUCCAUUGAUCACACACGCUGACUGUGGAUCCCUAACAUGGCUCCAAAGAUUGUGUGACCCCACCGCUGAACAGACAUGAAUAAAGGUCCUGUGAUCUGA